AUGAUGCACAGAACUGGAAUUUCAUUCUAAACCGAAAAGGAUAAUACGGAAUUAUUUCCUGCAAUUGAAUCUUUUGUGCAUGUGUGGAAAUUACACCAGGGGGACAUCUACAGAAGAAGACAGGUUGCAUCUAUUUGAAGUGUUGCUUGUUAAAUUAUUAUCAGCACAGCAGUAAUCUGGAUUGACACAUAUAGCGUAAUGAUGCUUAACAAUAUGGAUUUAAGAUCACAAGACUCCUUCUACUCCCAAUACAAUGAUUGUUGUAAUAAUUCUUCAGCUGGGAUUGACACACUAGGACCAGAGAUGAAUCAGAAACAUUUCAGCGAAGUGCAGAAGGAAUCACCUGUACAGUUUAGUCAAGGUGCUAUAGUGGAGCCCAAAAUUGAAACUUCCAACUCCGAUUUCUUCUUUCACCCCAGUGAAAGUUCCAGUUGUGGAUUCCCUUCAUCCUUCAAUUAUUCUGGUAGUUUCUAUGUGGAGACCUCCACGGGAGCCCCGUUCUGUGCCGAGACAUUACUCAACAUGAUUUCAGAAAUCGUUGGCAUUUCUACUUUACCAAUCUCCGAAUUCCAGCAGAAUCAACCCGAGACAGUGUAUUCUUCUGCCACCCGAAUUGACCCAAGUCAAGGGUUCUCUGACCCUACUUUCCAAUGCCAGGCUCCCUCGUGUUCUACAACGCCACCGCUAUACCCUCAGAAUCAGCUCUACCCCAGUUACCCCGACAUUCAGGUCAACCUUCACGUGCAGGAUUCUGCGAUUACCCAAGCUAACCUUGCAGCACAAACUCAGGAGUUACCCCAGAAGCCACUACGCCCUCAGUCAGACCGUACAACAUUCCCAGUCGUUGUGAAAAGCGAGUGCGAGACUAGUGUUUACGAAUGGGACUCCUUUACUAAGCCAGACGUUUAUUUGCCGACAAACUAUGAAUCCGAAUUGUUCGGUAUCACAGGUAAUUGUUCACCUGUGAACCAGCAAGUGGAUUCAAAAGAUUUCCUUGAGUCUUUCCCACCCGCAUGCCAUGCCUCAGAACUCGAGGGCAAACUCAGGCAGGACUUGUAUUUUCUUGAUAACCAGCAAACAUUCCAAAACCAAAUCUCCAAUAACUAUCAUUUGGGCGGCUUGGGCAACAAUGACAACUUGUUCAAACAAAGCACAUCUCUAGGGAUCCAAACUUUGACAAGUCAAUGUGACUUAGCAUACACGUCAUCUUCUACACUACCCAGCGCGUUAGAUUCUCUUCUUUAUCCAGCUAUAGUACAUACUGAUUACGUAAAGAGUGGGUUAAGACUUGAGAAGCCGGUUCGUGCUAGGAAAAGCCAAACUAAUUUAAGUGGGCCUCCCAAGGAGAAGCCGUUCUCGUGCCCCAUGGUAAACUGCGAAAGGCGCUUCUCCAGGUCGGACGAGCUUAACCGACACCUGCGCAUUCACACUGGCCACAAGCCCUUCCAAUGCCGCAUCUGCCUGAGAAGCUUCAGCCGUAGUGACCACCUAACCACCCACACCAGAACCCACACUGGAGAGAAACCGUUCUCCUGCGACGUCUGCGGCAAAAGGUUUGCCAGAAGCGACGAGAGGAAAAGACACGGCAGGGUACACUUAAAACAGAAGGAGAAGGCGGAGCACAAACCCGAGCUCCUAACUGCCUAUUCUUUUUCUGUACCUGAAGGAAUUUGAACGGACAUAUACUAUAAAUGCACGAGUAUGAUAUCAAAGUAUUUCCGUCUUGGAAGGUUGAAUGGUUUUGUGUAACAGACAAGGUCUGUUUACAAAAUGAAAAAGAAGCGCGGUGUAAAGUCGACCUACUUGAGUUGUCAGAUGUGAUAGAUGGUGAUGCAAUUGACAACGUCAGAAGGGUUCAAAGGAAAGGAAAGCAUCGUGAAUUUGCUUGGGAUUGAGGAAACAAAGUUUUGAAGAGAUAAAACCGUAUUCAUACUUGAAACGUGUUGCUGUCCCAAUGUUCUUAAAAUACUGUUUUGUGCAAAUGAGGAUUGAAGUAUUUUAUUGUACAUCAGCUUUUCCAGCUACAUCAUAAGAAUCAUGUAAUUUAAUAAGAAUUGAACGCUCACAUUGGCUAUGCUGCUUCACUCAGUGUACUUAUACACCGUUGUCCCUUCAAAAGAUUAAAAACAUUGUACUUUUUAAAGUGAACUUCAGCAGCCUUCAACUGACAAGACUUCAGCACUGAAGCUUCGAAAAGCUCCACGGCUACUCGCACAGGGAUUGAAUGAUUAUUAAAAAAACAGCAUUGCACUUAAAUGUGGCCUGCCAGUUCAGCGUAACGUCUGAGUAACUGUUUCUGCUUUUGUUUAGAUAAUUGAAGAAUGUAUUCGGUCUGCAUGUUCAUAUUUUAUGGGAGUUAUUAUUAUUAUUAUUAUUAUUAUUAUUAUUAUUAUUAUUAUUAUUAUUAUUAUUAUUAUUAUUUGUUUUGAAGACAAACACGUUUGCAAUGCAUAUUGAACAACACUGAUUAUUGUUCAAUAUGCUGUUGAAAUUAUUAUGUGCCAAGGGUAUUGAAAAUCUGCUUUGCUGAAUCAAUAUUUUGUUAUGGUAAAUGUGCUGUACUUAUAAAAAAAAAAUGAUUUGUGGCCAAUAAAUAUUUUUGUAACUAAAAACACCUUAGAUUGUAUUUUUCAAACUGGGUAAUUUAUUAUUGUUUACAUUUUGAAGAAGAACGUGCUUUAUGGAAUCUCUAGCCAGUGUUCUGUAUUUGCAAUGGGUGUGUCAAAAAAAAAAAAAAAUAGACACCAACUUCACUUGUAAAAUAGUAAUAUAUAUAUAUAUAUAUAUAUAUAGUUUGAGUAAAACAAACCAGUAGCACACAUUGGUGCAUAUUCAGUACAAUAAUACAAUAAUAUACAGAAAUAGACAGCAAUUUAAAAUAUUUUUUUAAAGCAAGAUUGUCUGGAACUGUAUAUUAAACAUACAAGUGAUGGUUAUUAGGUGUGGCGAAUUUUAGAUUGAAACAAAGUUCCAAAGCAACACCAAAAGGCAUUGUAAAAAAAACAAAAAAAAAACAACAAAAACAAAAACCUGUAACUUGAAGUUGCCUUAAGUUAUAUUAACUGUUUUAAAAACUAUGACAAUAUAUAU